GAAAAACAUAAAGCCUCUGCACAACUGAGCUUUGUCCCUCGUGAGCUUCACAGACUUGUUCCACCCCCUCUACCCCAAAAAGAGCAUGUCGAUCUCAGAGUGCUUCCACGUCAAUCUCCACCCAACUCCUCGCGCCGCCGCCGCGUUGGGUGGUCCUCUUCCCUCUAUGAGAGACUUGCCUGCCGUAUCAUGCGCUAUCGAACAGGACAGGGCGACUAAGACUGCAACAUCAACAUCCGUCGCUCAUCCCUCAAUCUCGAAAGGCAGAGGACAGUCUCUGUCCAGCCAACCAUCACUUGCCCUUGGACUCUUCUUUCCCGACGCUAUCUCUUCAGCACGACUCACAGCAACGAUACCGUCACUGCAGCACAAUAUCGACGAACAAUGCACCUUUCCGUCGACCUUUGCAUUUAGAGACGAGAAGGUCGCAUCGACAUUGCUCUCGAUGUCACUCUCGCCAUCCCUUUCCGUUGCCGACGCGGCGCUUUCUCAAGCUCACGAAAAUCAUCACGUAACACAAAUAAGCGACGAAGGAGUCCAAGCGAAGCGAGUUCAUUGGGAAGAAGAAAAGGAGAGAACAGGAAGAGGAGAGGAAGAUGAGCUGCCGCUAGUCAAGCUUAGAGCAGGAGAUCCAAAUCGACAAGACGAGAACAGCGUUUUCUCGACUCCAAGCUUUCCAUCCGGUGUUCGCCUCCAACCAUCCAGACUCCGAAUCUUCGGCACAAAUGACGAAGAGUUGGAUGCGGACACUUCGAUGUCUACCCUGCCUUCACUAUUUGAAGACCUCACACUCUCAAACGCUUGAUAAUAGACAACAAACUCUUUAAUGAUUGACU